UAUAAUUUGUGAACUAUUUAUCAUUUUUAACUUCCAAUUCACGAUGUGUAUUUCAAUUUCAAUGGGAUGUUUCACAUUAAAUCAAAAGAAGCACGUAAACUAUUGAAUAUUUCCAAUUUGGAAAAAUAUACAAUGAGACCAUUUACUUUUUGUGCAAGAUGGUAACAACUAAUCUUAACUAUUGGAUGUGAAAUUGACUAAGCUCAAAAUUCAAAGGAAAUUUUCUCGAACUUUGUGACACAUCCAAGCUAUCACAUUUCACAUUGGAUGAUUGUAAGUCAUUGUGACCUCUUUGUAUCAAAGGUAAAUGGUCUCUAUACAAUUUCUUAAUCUUUUAGUGCAAUAUCCCAAAUUGUUUUCAAUAUUACAUUUGUGAUACUUUUGGAGAACAAGGUGAUCUAUCCUCAGUCCUCGAAAAGAUGCUUCUGACAGCUGAUGAUUUGUACAAAUGAGCAGAUUCCGAGAAUUCAAAGGAUUCUGUACGCAUAAAAAAGAUGGCUCUCGAAGCCCUUAAUGAUUUUCCAGAGGAAAUAAUCGAAAUGGUGAAGCAAAGUGACCCAAUUUCAUUGAGCCUCACUUGGUUUAGGUACCGGCCACCAUGGGAUCUGAUGCGAACAAGUUGGCACAAAGGCACAGUCACUCUAUCUGGAGACGCCCUGCAUGUCAUGGGACCAUAUCUGGGUCAAGGUUGCUCAGUUGGCCUAGAAGAUGCGAUCGUGCUAGGCCGGUGCAUCGGGUUAGCCAUUCGCAAAGCGCAAGAAGAGAAUGACAGGCAAACCAGAGAGGCUAUAAGCUCAGCAAUUGCAAAGUAUGCGAAAGAAAGGAAGAUGAGGGUGCUAAGGAUGGCUAGCCAAACUUACCUUAGAGGCUUGCUUGCAAAGCCCAUUUCACCCGUGUUGAAACUGGGCAUCCAAGUUGUUUGGUUGGUUUUGUUUGGGAAACAACACAGUCAUGCUCAAUAUGAUUGUGGAACUCUCUUGGCCCCAUCAUAGAAGAUGCAAAAAUCAUUAAUUAUAGACAUAUCAUUUAAGGCCCAGUAUCA